CUGAGCUACUACGAGGACGCCGAAUCCUUUGAAAUUUCAAUUUUAUCCUGUUUCCUGUGUCCAGCGACAAAGACAAAAAACAUGCGCGAAGUCAUUUCCCUUCAUAUCGGUCAGGCCGGAGUCCAGAUGGGCAAUGCCUGCUGGGAGCUGUACUGCUUGGAGCACGGUAUCCAACCUGAUGGUCAGAUGCCCAGUGACAAGACCAUCGGAGGUGGUGACGACUCCUUCAAUACCUUCUUCAGCGAGACCGGUGCUGGCAAACACGUCCCUCGCUGUGUCUUCGUCGAUCUGGAACCUACUGUUGUUGAUGAGGUUCGUACCGGCACCUAUCGCCAGCUCUUCCAUCCUGAGCAGCUGAUCACAGGCAAGGAAGAUGCCGCCAACAACUACGCACGGGGUCAUUACACUGUGGGCAAAGAACAUGUCGAUCAAGUGCUGGAUCGGGUCCGGAAGUUGGCUGACCAGUGCGUUGGACUUCAAGGAUUCUUGAUGUUUCACAGCUUCGGUGGAGGCACCGGCUCUGGCUUUACCGCUCUUCUGAUGGAGCGUCUCUCAGUGGACUACGGCAAGAAGUCCAAGCUGGAGUUUGCCAUCUACCCGGCUCCUCAGAUAGCUCCCGCGGUCGUUGAACCAUACAACGCCAUCCUGACAACCCACACCACCCUGGAGCACUCUGACUGUGCCUUUAUGGUCGACAACGAGGCUAUCUAUGACAUCUGUCGACGCAAUCUUGAUGUCGAACGUCCAACCUACACCAACCUAAAUCGCAUUAUUGCUCAGGUUGUAUCCUCCAUCACUGCGUCGCUGCGCUUUGAUGGCGCACUGAAUGUGGAUUUAAACGAAUUCCAGACCAACUUAGUUCCCUACCCACGUAUCCACUUCCCCUUGGCCACUUAUGCUCCCAUCAUCUCUGCUGAGAAGGCCUACCAUGAGCAAAUGACCGUUGCUGAGAUCACCAACGCCUGUUUCGAGCCAGCCAACCAGAUGGUGAAGUGCGAUCCUCGUCACGGCAAGUACAUGGCCUGUUGUUUGCUCUUCCGUGGUGAUAUCGUCCCAAAAGAUGUCAACGCUGCCAUCGCAACCAUCAAGACCAAGCGCACCAUCCAGUUUGUCGACUGGUGUCCGACUGGCUUCAAGGUGGGCAUCAACUACCAGCCGCCCACCGUCGUGCCUGGCGGUGAUCUGGCCAAGGUGUCGCGUGCCGUCUGCAUGCUGAGCAACACCACGGCCAUCGCCGAGGCCUGGGCUCGUCUGGAUCACAAGUUCGAUCUGAUGUACGCCAAGCGUGCCUUCGUCCACUGGUACGUGGGAGAGGGUAUGGAGGAGGGUGAGUUCUCUGAGGCUCGUGAGGACAUGGCUGCCUUGGAGAAGGAUUACGAGGAAGUAGGAACAGAGUCAAUGGUAGACGAUGAGGAGGAAGAAGUGGAAGAAUACUAAACCUCAUUUGAAACGUUUCCACCACUCUCACUGUUUUGUACCUCGGCUAAAAUUUAAAAUGAUGCCAUUUCAUAAGACAAACGGUGAACUUUGAAAAGCACACCCCUAUGGUCUUCCAAAGAGGGGAAAAACGAGAAAAAUUAAAAACUAAUUUGAAGAAUUGUAUCAUAACAGAACAACUUAGUUUGGGAGACCAAGAAUAGAUGGAAGAUAAGAGGGAAUUGAAGACUUUAGUUCUGAUGGAAUGAUGGUUAUUAGAAUAAGUGUUAAAUAAAACAGUACCAGUUAAUGCAACAUUGACUGUUGAGAUUGUCUGCAAUAGACGUGGUGCUUUCCUCUCGAUUCAGACACAAAAUUCUUUUUUUUUCAAUGUUUAAGAUUCCCAUAGCUUAGAAGUUAUCCUUUCACAAAUUGUUCAUGGUAAAGUUAAUUAAAAUUAAUUUCUAGUACAUGUAGUAUGAAUAAACGCGUUUGAAUUUUGCCAGGUUUUGGCAUGAAAAAUG